UUUUUUGUAAUAUUUUUACUGGCCAAAAGAAAAAACAUCUCCGCACUUCUGAGAUAUUAGGACUAGUGAUAAGUGUGACACCCUAUACAUGUCCAUUGAUAAUCAAGAUUAUGUAAUAAGAGCAUCCAAUAGUAUAACAAUAAACAAUAAAUAUCCGAUUAAAAUAAAAAGUAGGUAUCCUAGAAUUAAAAAUUGUUACGUUCUACUACCAGAUCACGCGCUGAAAUUGCCGAGAGCGAAGCUCAAUACUAAAGCUAAAGUAUAUAACAUCAAGUUGUCAUAUCACGAUAGCGCAUACAAUAAUUGAACAUAAUUAAUAUAACUGCUUCAACUGUAUUUUGUGUUUAAAACUAUGAUAGUGCACGUGUGGUGUAUUCUGUUCCUUAUUUUUGGCGCCAGGGGCUCCCAUGGAGGAAAUAUUUUGAUACUGAUUGAUCUACCAUCGCCAAGCCAUCAGUUAUGGCAUUAUGCCAUUGCAGAGGCCCUAAUAGAAAAAGGGCACAACGUAACUUUACUCGGGCCAUUCAGCGAUAAACAACAAAAGAGUGAAAUGUAUCAUCCGAUAGUUAUUGAAGAUGUUAUGAAAGAGUUGGAAAAAUCUGAAGACUUAAAUAUAGAAGAAUCCUUCAUGAAUAAGAAUGUAAUAAGCAUUAUGAAGACGUUUUUCGACUUCAGCUGCUUGAUUUGUAGUCAUUCCUACCAUUCUAAAGGAUUCCACACAUUGUUAAACUAUCCAUCAGAUUUCAAGUUCGACCUCAUAAUCAUCGACAUGAGUAUGAGUGCAUGUUUCUACCCUUUCAUCCAGAAGUUCAAAUAUCCCCCCACCAUUGGCACCACUGCCUUCCUUCUCCCCCCGCACCUUUCCGGAGUCUUCGGAAAUGAACUGCACCCCUCUUACAUACCUUUUUACCAUCUUCAGUUCACAGAAGACAUGAGUUUUUUUGAGCGUGUAGUCAAUUACGUUGUCACAUAUGCUAAUUACCUCACGGAAACUUACUUAAAGAAUGAGUUGGAGAAAUUGGCCCGAGAGACUUUUCCAGACAUGAAUUCGAUGCAGACACUCGAAAGACACAUUUCCUUGCUGCUGUGUAACUUGAAUUUUGUUGUUAACCAGCCGCAGUCCGUAACAUCUAACAUCAUACCGGUGGGAGGGCUUCACAUAAAACCUUCAAAAAAAUUGCCCACGGACUUGCAAACCAUCAUGGACGAUGCUAAAGACGGGGUGAUUUUGUUCUGUCUAGGAACAAAUGCUCGGUCAGAUAAGCUAGGAACUGGCAUUAUACAAAGUUUGCUGAAGGCAUUUGGGCAGCUGAAGCAAACUGUUAUCUGGAAGUUUGAGAGCGGUUUGGAGAACGUCCCGAAGAAUGUGGUUAUUCGGCAGUGGCUGCCGCAAGGUAGCAUUUUGAGUCAUCCAAAUACAAGACUGUUCAUCAGUCACGGAGGCGCUUUAAGUACUCAGGAAGCCGCAUAUUUCGGGAUUCCAGUGAUCGGCAUGCCCUUCUUCAUCGAUCAAAGGAUAACAGUGAACGAUAUAGUAAAGAGAAAGCUAGGGUUACGGAUGGACAGUCAAAGUGUGACUACCCAGCUGGUGCUAGAUAAUGUAAAUGAGAUAUUGAAAAAUCCGACAUAUUCCAAUAAUAUGAAAGAAAUUUCCAAACGAAUGAGGGACCAACAAAACACCCCAUUGGAAACGGCAGUGUUUUGGUCGGAGUAUGCCAUGAGACACAAUGGCACCAAUUUUUUGAGUCCCAGAUCCAGAGAUAUGUCUUUUUUCGUAGCAUCUUCCACUGACGUACAACUCUUUUUGCUGUUCCUACUUUUCGCUUUUAUUUAUUUAUCUUUCUUAGGUCUGAAAAAAAGCGUUUCCGUUGUAUCAAGUAUAUCUAAGAAAAAAGAUAAAUUACAUUAAACAGUUUAACUGUGUUGUACCCCUGUGAUUUUUUAAUAAAUUUUAUUAAAUCUU